CGUACCUUGGCGACCGCGCCCGCGAUAUUACCGAAAAAUACAUUCUAUUUCGGUAAAUUUUCGUAUACGUAUACGAUUUUUUGGUAUGUGAUAUCGUGUUAUGUGUUGUGUGUGCAGUGCAAUGGAGUAUAUGAUUUCUGUGUGUGCAAGACUUUUGAAAGUGACCGCGGUUGUAUUACGAGUUUCGUAAUGAUAAAGCGGUAAAUGGUCCGGCGAAGGAACACCAAAUUGCAAAAUGGUAGACUUAUAGCACCAGACAACGUAAUUCACCUCAAACGAAGUAAGCGAAAAGAUGUUAAUGUUGAUCAUAGUCCACUUCAUCACGCUCCCCGCACUGACCUCCAAAACUGUCAGAGGCGAUACAGUAAUGGAAGACAAAAAUUUACCACUUAUCAGCUCAAGAGUCGUACGGACAAAAUAUGGUGAUAUCAGAGGUUUCAUUGUGACACCUGAAUCAAGAUAUCUAGAGCCGGUGGAAGUUUUUCGAGGUAUUCCAUACGCGUCACCACCUGUUGGUUCCUUGAGAUUCAUGCCACCAGUUUCUGGAGCGCAAUGGUCUGGUGUUAAAAUCGCUGAAGAGUUCAGUCCAGUUUGUCCGCAAGUUUUGCCUGAUAUAAGAAAUGAAACCGCUGUUCUGAAGAGAAUAUCGAAAGGGCGAUUAGAGUAUUUAAAAAGAAUUUUGCCAUUCUUGACGAAUCAAUCGGAAGACUGCCUAUACCUGAAUAUCUACGCUCCUGCACAAGCAGGAGUACGCGAUGCUGUAGCGAGGUAUCCAGUUCUGGUCUUCGUCCACGGGGAAAGCUAUGAAUGGAGUUCCGGUAAUCCGUACGACGGGACUGUCCUAGCUUCCCACGCGGGACUCGUGGUCGUCACUAUCAAUUAUAGACUUGGUAUAUUGGGUUUCCUGAAUCCUCGAUCUGACGACUUCCCACGAUCGCCAGCAAACUACGGUCUAAUGGACCAGAUCGCAGCACUACACUGGAUCAAAGAGAACGUGGCAGUGUUUGGUGGUGAUCCAACCAAUGUGACGCUUAUGGGACACGGGACUGGUGCCGCUUGCGUUCACUUCUUGCUCACUUCGCUUGCUGUACCAGAAGGUCUGCUCUUCCACAGAGCCAUCUUAAUGUCAGGAUCAGGUUUAAGUCCUUGGUCACUAGUGGCUGACCCAAAUAAGUACUCAGAGAUAGUCGCCACUCACGCCAACUGCUCCCCUGAACUUACUCCGCCGGCGUUGCUGCGAUGUUUACGAGAACGACCACUUGAGGCUUUAUUAUCAGCACCUGUUCAAGCUCCGGACUUUGCUUACGCCUUCGGUCCCAGCGUCGAUGGAGUUGUGAUCGAUACCGGAGACAUGCUUAUUAAUCCGGAACCAGGGUAUGAAUGGCAGGUGGCACGUGCAGCUCUUGGUAGAGGAGCGACUGCUGUUAAUAUUAUCAAUGCUGUUCUGAUGCGCAAAAGUGCUAUAGCUCAGCUCACAAAAUACGAUCUCAUGUUGGGAGUAACAAAAGCAGAAGCGUAUUUCGCUUUCAGCGGAGAUGAUGUUCAAUAUGGAAUAGAAGCGGAUCGGAGAUCCAAAAUUCUUAAAUCCUUUGUACGAAACACGUAUAGUUAUCACCUUUCAGAAAUUUUGGCUACAAUUAUAAACGAGUACACGGACUGGGAAAGACCUGUUCAACAUCCUAUUAAUAUAAGGGACGAAACACUCGAGGCUUUGAGUGACGCACAAGUGGUGGCUCCCACUGUUCUGACUGCAGACACUCAUUCAGCUUUAAGAAGGAACUCUUAUCUGUAUGUGUUUGACUACCAGACUAAAUACGGAGACUAUCCACAGCGUCAAGGCUGUAUUCAUGGUGAAGAGCUUCCAUACAUAUUUGGAGCACCUCUAGUCGGUGGACUGGCACAUUUUCCUCGAAACUACACAAAGUCUGAAGUGGCGCUUUCGGAAUCAGUCAUGCUAUAUUGGGGAAAUUUCGCGAAGACUGGAAAUCCAAAUGAAGCUCAAGAAAGUGAUCCUAUUAGAGCAGGCAGACAAGAAAGGGUUAGAAUGAAGAACAUUGAAUGGACUGCAUAUGAAGCGGUGCAUAAAAAGUACUUAAAUAUUGACAUCAAAUCGAAACUAAAGAAUCAUUAUCGAGCUCAUAGACUGUCGUUCUGGUUAAACUUAGUACCCGAUCUCCAUCGACCUGGUGGAGAAGAUGUCCCUCAGUCGCAUCAUCAAUUAGAAAAUGAAGAAUCUUCAUUGCAACCUACGCUCAAAACAUUUACACCACCUUUCAAGAAGGUUACAGAAAUGGUGUUAACUGAUUCUGGAGUAGCUACCAAAGUUCCAUUACUGACUGUUAUAAAUGUUACAUCCCCAUUAAACUUUAAUAUUGUAGGAUUAAGUGCCGUUACUCAAAGUACUAUUGGAAUAUCUGAAGUUCAUAAAACUGAUGGAUCAACAACAUCUCCACCUGAAGACGGUUUUGCGGCAUAUUCGACUGCAUUGAGUGUAACAAUAGCCAUCGGAUGUUCAUUACUCAUACUUAACGUUCUCAUAUUCGCUGGUGUAUAUUACCAGCGAGAUAAGACGAGAAUGAAUGGUCAGGAUGGACACGCCAAUGGCUCGCAUUUAAAAAAACGUGUAGAGAACGGUCAGAUGCCGAACAAUAUUUGUGGUGAUCUGGAAGGGGCCCUGACUUUUCAAACAAGUUUAAAAAAUGACCCUGCUACAAUUUUAAGUCAUCAUCAUACACACUCACACCAUCAGCUACCUCCUCCAGAAUUUGCCGAUCUCCCUAGUAAUAAUGUCGCAGGUAUGGCAACUUUACCUCGAGCCCCUCCACCUCCUAAGAUAGGAAAAAGUAACAUAAAUACUCUAGCAAGUGGCCAACUGCAAGAAAAUCAGCCACUGUUAUCAGCUCAUCAAAUGCAAAUAAUGAAUACAAGUACUCUAACGAAGAAGAACACUCAGUUGAACGCGAAAUCGAAUGUGACAAUGGAGGAGUUGAGAGUGUGACGCCAGCGUGCCUGACUGCAGCGCGCCGGCAGUUGCAGUGAUGUGGUCCACCACGACGAGAUCGUGUGACUCCCGCCGGACCUUCUCAAGUGCGUUACAGAUUAUAUAUGACUUUAAACGCGCUUGCAUUUAGAAGGCGUUAAUAGUGACAAAUUUAAAAGACAUGAAAUUAUUAGUGAGAGUGAUGUUACUAACAAUCUAUUUAAAGUAAUAUUAUUACCAUAUCCAUAAAAGUUGAUAGUGAAUCUAAAUCUGAUUGAAGUGUUUAACGAUGUACUGGACGUUAUUGAUGUAUUCGAUGUAAAUGUUUGUAUAUAAAUAGCA